AUGGCCUACCCAAAGAACUUUGCUCGCAACCAAGCCGCUGAUGCUGAUGAUGUGAAUGAGCUCUCAUCAAACUUCCGGCGACAAGCAAGCUUUACUAGUAGUCGAGAAAACAUGGAUGUUGUGUCCGAUGAAGGGGCUGAAGAAGGCAACCAUGCUAGCAAUCAAGCUAGCAAUCAAGCUAGUAAUGAAGCUGAUA